AUGGUCUUGUUUUUCUGUCGCUCUCCACAAAUAUUCGUUGGAUGGGCUGAUGUCAUUAAUGAAAAUUAUGGAGUAACAAAUCCGAAAUAUAUCCUGGACUCUGCUGUGUGUUCUAUAGCUAUUUUUAUUAUGUUGGCAUUGCCAAGCACCUUGGACUUUUUUAAGCAUUUUACAGUUAAAUAUGUUGAAGAUAUUCCCAAAAAAACCAUUAAAACAUGUAUUGGACUGGACACUAACAAACAGAACAAUGCCUUAUUCUUUUAUGUUUUUAUUGGGGGGAGGAUUCGCAUUGUCUAA